GCCGCUAGGGCCGGGCAGGUAGUGCAGCUGUAUCGCUACCCUGGCCUGAGCGAUUCCACCAUCAACACAUUGCUUCGCAAGACCCACGAGAAGGUGACCACCGCCAUCACCCGUAUAGACGGCGAGCAAUGCUACAACAUCGCGCUGACGAAGCCCCUCAGCUCGACGGAGUCGGAGACUCUGGCGUGGCUGCUCCGGGAGACCUUCGAGCCCGAGUUGCUGACCCCCAGCAGCCAGCUGCCCGCGGACUCAGCCACGGUGACGGUUGUGGAGGUGGGGCCGCGUGCCGCCUUCGCCACCGCCUUCUCCACCAACGCCGUGUCCAUCUGCUCCUCCGUGGGUCUCAACCAGGUGAACCGCCUGGAGCGCAGUCGCCGUUUCGUACUGCACUCUACACGGGCGCUGACGGAGGGGGAGAAGACGGCCUUCUCCGCGCUGGUGCACGACCGCAUGACGGAGGAGGUGUACCGCCACCCCGUCAGGUCGUUCACGGAGGGAUUGCAGGCGCCAGCUCCCACCUUCACCAUUUCGGUGAUGGCUGAGGGCCGUGCAGCCCUGGAGAAGAUCAACAAGGAGAUGGGUCUCGCCUUUGAUGAGUGGGACCUGGACUACUACACGGCACUGUUCCGUGACGACAUGAAGCGGGACCCCACCAAUGUGGAGCUGUUCGACAUAGCCCAGUCCAACAGCGAGCACUCCCGCCACUGGUUCUUCCGAGGGAAUAUCGUCAUUGACGGGCAGCCGAUGGACGACACUCUGUUUAACAUCGUCAAGACGCCCUGGAAGAAGAACCCCAACAACUCCGUCGUGGCCUUCAAGGACAACUCCUCCGCCAUCCGCGGCUUCCAAGUGCAGCCCCUGCUGCCCGUGCAGCCCGGAGCGCCCUCACCGCUGGCCCCCCAGGCCCGCGACUGGGACCUGCUGCUGACCGCCGAGACCCACAACUUCCCGUGCGCGGUGGCGCCAUUCCCUGGAGCAGAGACCGGAGCCGGGGGCCGCAUGCGCGACACACACGCCACCGGUACCGGGUCCAUCAUGGGCGCCGGCACGGCAGGGUAUUGUGUCGGCAACCUUCGGCUUGAUGGCUACGUUCAGCCACACGAGGACCCCUCCUUCGUCUACCCAGACAACCUGGCGCCGCCGCAACAGAUCCUGAUUGACGCCUCCAACGGCGCCUCGGACUACGGCAACAAGUUCGGAGAGCCGCUCGUCGCCGGCUAUUGCCGUACGUACGGCCAGCGGCUGCCCAACGGAGAGCGCCGCGAGUGGCUUAAGCCCAUCAUGUUCUCGGGGGGUGUGGGGCAGAUCGAUCAUCGCCAUUUGGAGAAGCAGCCCCCGGAGGUGGGCAUGCUGGUGGUCAAGAUUGGGGGCCCCGCAUAUCGCAUCGGCAUGGGUGGCGGCGCCGCGUCCUCCGUACCCUCGGGGUCCAACAAGGCGGAUCUGGACUUCAACGCUGUGCAGCGCGGCGAUGCGGAGUACAGCCAGAAACUCUGGCGUGUGGUGCGGUCGUGUGUGGAGCUGGGCGACCGCAAUCCCAUCGUGCAGAUCCACGACCAGGGCGCGGGGGGCAACUGCAACGUGGUCAAGGAGAUCAUCUACCCGCUUGGUGCCGAGAUCGACGUGCGAGCCGUCAAGGUUGGCGACGAGACGCUGUCGGUGCUGGAGAUUUGGGGUGCGGAGUACCAGGAAAACGACUGCCUGCUCAUUACGCCGGAUAAGAGGGACUUGAUGCAGUCCAUCUGCGACCGAGAGCGCUGCUUUAUGCAGGUGAUUGGUACCAUCGACGGCAGUGGUCGGGUGAAGCUGGUGGACCGCAACGCCCCCCCGGACACCCCCCCGGCAGUGGACCUGGACCUAGAGAAGGUGUUGGGCAAGAUGCCUGACAAGACCUUCAACUUCACUCGCACGCCCAACACGCUGCAGCCGCUGUCCCUGCCCGCCGGGGAGAGCGCCAUGGCGGCGCUUCACCGGGUGCUGAGACUGCCCUCCGUCUGCUCCAAGCGCUUCCUGACCAACAAGGUUGACCGUCACGUGACGGGUCUUGUGGCGCAGCAGCAGUGUGUUGGCCCCCUGCACAUCCCCCUGUCUGACGUGGCGGUGUUCGCCCAGUCGCACCAGAACCACACGGGCCUGGCCACGUCCAUUGGCGAGCAGCCCAUCAAGGGGCUCAUCAGCCCCCCCGCCAUGGCUCGUCUAGCCCUGGGUGAGGCACUGACCAACCUGGUGUGGGCCCGGGCCACGGCUCUGGCGGACAUCCGCGCAUCCGUCAACUGGAUGUACGCCGCCAAGAUGAAGAGCGAGGGCGCAGCUAUGUGGGACGCCGCCAUCUCCCUGCGCGAUGCGAUGGUGGACCUGGGGGUCGCGUGUGACGGCGGCAAGGACUCCCUAUCCAUGGCUGCCGCUGCUGGGGGCGAGACGGUGAUGGCGCCGGGCAACUUGGUGGUAUCGGCGUACGUGGGAUGCCCGGAUAUUACCCAGGUGGUGACUCCCGAUCUGAAGCUGGGUGACCGCGGCGUGUUGGUUCACGUGGACCUGGCGGCUGGCCGGCGGCGGCUGGGUGGCUCCGCCCUGGCUCAGGCGUACGGCCAGCUUGGUGACGACUGCCCUGAUGUGACCAGCGCGACACUUCGUGGUAUGUGGGAGGCGACCCAGGCGCUGGUGGCCGGCGGGCAGUUGGCGGCCGGACACGAUAUCUCGGAUGGCGGCCUGGUGACGACGUUGCUGGAGAUGGCAUUUGCGGGCAACUGCGGCAUCUCUGUGGAGUUGCCGCUACCUGCCCACCCCGCGGAUGCCGGCCACGGCGCCAUGGGCAGUCUGUUCGCCGAGGAGCUGGGUCUCGUGGUGGAGGUGGAGGCGGGCACGGAGGCCGCCGUCAUUGAGACAUACAAGCUGCACGGCAUCCACGCCGCCGUGAUCGGCAAGGUGUCCUCGGGCCGUGACGUGGAGGUCAAGGUCGCGGGCUCCUCCGCCAUCUCCGGCGACGUCGGCGCCCUGCGUGACGUGUGGGAGGAAACCUCGUUCGUGCUGGAGCGGCUCCAGGCUGCGGAGGACUGCGUCGCCCAGGAGCAGGCUGGGCUGAAGGACGCGCGGGCGCCCAGAUGGGUUUUGCCCUUCACCCCCGCCUUCACGCCCGCUGACAAGCUGACCGCCGCGGAUAAGGUCCGCGUGGCCAUUCUCCGCGAGGAGGGUUCCAACGGUGAUCGGGAGAUGGCGGCGGCGGCGUUUGCUGCGGGCAUGGAGCCGUGGGACAUCACGAUGAGUGAUUUGAUCAACGGGCGGGCCUCCCUGGACACGUUCCAGGGUAUCAUUUUCGUGGGUGGCUUCAGCUAUGCGGACGUGCUGGACAGCGCCAAGGGCUGGGCGGGCACCAUCCGCUUCAACGACCGCCUACUGCAGCAGUUCCGUACCUUUUACAACCGACAUGACACCUGGUCGUUGGGAAUCUGUAACGGUUGCCAACUGAUGGCUCUGUUGGGCUGGGUGCCGGCGCCGGGAACGCAGCAGAUUGCGGAUGUACGACAGCCUCGGUUCGUACACAACAGCAGUGGCCGAUUCGAAAGCCGAUGGGUGCAGGUUCGCAUCCGGGAGAGUCCCUCGGUGCUGCUCAAGGGCAUGGAGGGCAGCGUGGUGGGGGUGUGGUGUGCUCACGGUGAGGGCAAGUGCCUCUUCCCGGACGACCAAGUCAAGCAGGAGGUGCUGAGCAAGGGCCUGGCGCCCAUCCAGUAUGUUGACGCCGACGCUCAGCCCACUGAGGUCUACCCCGCCAACCCCAACGGCUCCCCGCUGGGUAUCGCCGGCCUCUGCUCCGAAGACGGUCGUCACCUUGCGAUGAUGCCCCACCCCGAGCGGUGCUUCCUAACCUGGCAGCUGCCGUACGUCCCGCAGAGUCUGGGACUGGACCCCAAGGGCCCCGCCCCCUGGAUCCAACUCUUCCAGAACGCCCGAGAGUGGGCUGAGUCGCAUCGGGCCGCGAAGUGA